AUGGCGGACGCUGUUCUCGGCUACGUGGUACAACGGAUCUGCGAUCUCCUCAUCGAUGAAGCGGUCUUCCUGUUCGAAGUGAAAGAUCAGGUGGAGUGGGUCAAGAAGGAGCUCAAGACGAUGCAGUGCUUCCUGAAGGAUGCCGACACGAAGAGCAAGGGGGACGAAAAUGUGAAGAACUGGGUGAGGCAGGUGAGGGAAAUCGCUUAUCAGGCGGAGGAACUCGUCGAGUCUUACGUCCUCGAUGCCGAGCAGAGGGGACGACGGAGAAAGGGCUUCAUCAGAACCAUUGUGUGUUGCCGCCUUCCAUCCCCCAACGGCUUGAUCGUACUCCACCAAUUCGGUAACGAGAUCGAGGCCAUAAGGGCCAAAAUCCGUGAAAUCAGUGAACGAAGAAUCACCUACGGAAUCCAGGACCUGGGCGGAUAGCCGGGGAAGCAGAUCGACAAGACAGUGCGGGAACGAAGGCGGGCCAUUCUCCAUGCCCCAGAUGCUGAUCUGGUCGGCAUGGACGCGGAGACGAACAAAAUCCUGGGACAUCUGUUGGACGGGAGCAGGAAGAGGCGGUCGGUAAUCUCCAUUGUAGGGAUGGGCGGCCUCGGGAAGACCACUCUUGCUAAGAGAGUCUUCAACGAAGCAAAAGCCAGGUUCAGUCUCUCGGUUUGGAUCGAUGUCUCCCAGCAGUACUCAGCUGAGGGUCUCCUUCGAGACAUUCUUCGGCAGGUCACGAAGCUCAAAGUAAAGAAACUCGAGCAAAUGACGAGGACCGAGUGUGAAGCGACGGUUUACCAGACCUUGAAGGCGGAGAACUACUUGAUCGUCAUGGAUGACGUGUGGGACAAGGAGGUCUGGACAAUCCUCAGUCCGCAUCUCCCAGACUCCGAGAACGGAAGCCGGGUGCUCAUCACCACCCGCUACGUCGACAUCGCCCGAGCUGCGGACCCAUCUACCCCUCCCCUUGAGCUGCGGCUACUUGACGAUGAGGAGAGCUGGAAGCUCCUCUCCAAGAAGGCGUUCCCGUAUCAGGAGGAUAUCGAAGCAGUCUGUUCAGAACCGCUGAGGAAUGUCGGGAAAGAAAUCGCGAGGAAAUGCAGGGGCCUGCCUCUGGCUCUGGUGGUGCUCGGCGGUCUGCUAUCGACGAAAGGUCCAUCACUCGGGGCGUGGAGGAGGGUCGCGGAGACGCUCGUCUGGGAAACCAGCAAAGAUUGCCGAGUGUGCUUGGAUAUACUGGCGCUGAGCUACGAGGACUUGCCCCGUCACCUAAAGUGUUGUUUCCUUUUUUUCAGUUCUAUUCCAGAGGACUUCGAGAUUAAUGUCGACAAGCUGAUUGGAUUGUGGAUCGCGGAGGGGUUCGUCGAGCAAAGAGCAGGUGAAACACUGGAAGAAACUGCAGAGGAUUACCUGGAAGAGCUCGUCCAGAGGUGCACGGUGAUACGUGUGCAAGAUGAAUCUGGCCCGAUAAUUGAGGUAAGUUGCCGGAUCCAUGAUCUGCUGCACGAUUUGACCGUUGCAGAGGCUAAGGAAGUGGGCUUCCUCGUCUCUCACGGGAUCCGAGACGACGAAGGCGUCUCCCAACUGGAUUCCUCCGUGCGUCGGCUUUCUCUUCAGGGGGAAAAAGCGUGGUGCUGGGACUCGAAGUCCACCCCAAGACUGCGCACCUUUCUGUCGUUCGGAACCCGCUGCCAAGUUGAUAUAAAUAGAGUCUUCUCCGAUCGAGAUCUGAAACUGCUCAAAGUCGUCGAUCUGGAGGGGGCACUAUUCGACGAAUUGCCAGAAGAAGUUGGAGACCUGAUCCAUCUGCGAUACUUGUGCUUGAAAAAUACAGGGAUAACAAGUCUUCCGUCUUCAGUGGCGAAACUUCGUCAUCUACAGUUCUUGGACGCAGAGGGGACGCGGAUCAGAACGAUGCCGAGAGGUGUCUGGAAGAUCGCCGCCUUACGACAGGUCCUCAUUCCCCCAGAAGUGGAGCUGAAUAUGGUGGAGGCAGGCUUAAGAAGCUUACAGGUGCUCAAGGUCGUCGGGGCCGGGAGCUGGAUAGAUAGCUGCCUAGGAAGCCUUACCAGUCUCCGGGAGUGCAGAUAA